AUGCCUGACGAGAUACGAUGUGACCAGUGCGGUCUUGUACAGCCCUAUGAUCAGUUUUCCAAGCAGCAGCGCAAGAUGGACGACCCAGAGGAGGAAACUGGCCUAGCCUGGGGUGGAAGCGAGACAGUUUGGAACGAGCCGAGCCUGGCGCCUCUGGCUUCGGUGACCAACCGCAGCAGUGUCGGCGCAGAAGAUCGCGGCAGGGACCCCGAGGAGGAGCGUGAUGACCGAGUGUCCAAAGCAGGCAUCCGGAACUACGCAGGUAGCACCCCGAGCGUGAGCAGCGCACCCGCUCGCAAGCUGCCUCCGCACUUACAGCACCGCGUGAAAAGCCCCAACACCCCCUCAACCGCUGGCUCGGUCGCGAGCUCGGAAGCCGGGGGCGCGACAACGAGCACUGGCACGGGUCAGCAGCGCUUACCACCGCACCUUCGUAGCACGGCGGCGAGAAGUAUCUCGACGGCGACGACUGUGAGAAAAGAGAAGGAGAAUAUUAAGAACUGGAACAGUCAGACGUACAACGCCUACGGCCCGAAUGGCGAAAGCCAACAGCGUGUACGCCAGCCGUCGACAGUCGCUUCAGCCUCUAUGUCUGACUACACCCCGUCCAUGAACUCGAACGAAAGCAGUGGACGCCCAGGUCAAGCCGCCUCGGCUGGUACACGGAUGGGCAAGCCGCAAGGCGACACGCAGGCUAGCGGCGCCGAAGACAAGCCUGGCAGAAAGUGGGCGAAGCCGGCAAAGGCACCUCGUGGCUACUGA